AUGGAACAAGUAUCUAUCAGUUCCAUCCCAUCUAUGGAAACAUGUGGACUUGGAAGGUCGUGUCUUUCGCCCAUCCCACUCUCAAUUCUCCCUUCACUUCUACAUCUCAGCUAUGCCCUUCGAGUAUCUGAACAUCUUCUGUGUGAGACUCUUGAUUCCAUUCAUCUGAGAUUCAUCUCUUCUGGAGUCAAGUGCUCUUCACUCCCACGCACUCUCCUAGAGUCUGCGGCGUUUGUUUACUCCUCCCAUCUUGACUCUCCUGCCUACCUCCCCAUUGAACACGUCCCACCUGUGAGCCUUCACCGUCGUGAAUCCAAGAUGGCACCUGUCAAAUUCGCGUGGAAGACCAAGCCGAAAGCCGCCAGACACCCGAGAAGUUCCCGGCUAGACAAACCAACAAAAAAUCCAAGACUAAGAUGGGACAGGGAGAAACGAUAUGUGCUCUGCUGCAUGGAUCGCUUCUGCUUCUACAAUCAGCAUCAGACAGAGAAGAUCUUUUCUCACAUUUUCAGAUGGCACCUGAAUGAGCGAGGAUUUAUGGAUGUCGUUCCGUUCCGCACUUUACAUACCCAGUUGAACUGGAUGGAGAACACCUCGCAUGUCGACUGGGAGCACGCACAAGAAAUCAGAUUUGAGAGAAGUGCCAAAGGGCUGGAGAUCAUGAGCAAGAUCAGAUCCGCGGCUGCAGCUUUGGGAAUCCGUCUACAAGAAAAAAGGUCGCACGCAACUCACGCCUUAGGGCAGAUAUCUGUUGUGACUCCUCACACAGUACCCGAAACUCACACAAGUGCUAUGCCAUCUCCCUCACAUUCGUCAGGCUCACGGACACUCACAUUUCGGCAAAGCCCCAUCGCAAACCAAAUCUCCGAUCGCGUGGAGCCAACAUCGUCUGUCCCAGCGCCUGUCCCAGUCUCUCCAGAUUGGAACUUCUCUGAUCGCGUGGAGUCAAUAGUGUCUGUCCCAGCGCCUGUCCAGGUCUCUCCAGAUUGGAACUUCUCCGAUCGCGUGGAGCCAAAAGUGUCUAUCCCAGUCCCCCCAGAUUGGAACUUCCUACCAGCUCGCCCCCAAUCCGGUCUUGGAACACCGAUCACGGAGCAACAGAGUAACUCAAGUGACAGCGAGCAAGGCUACAAUGAACCAGUGGUUACAAGCCAUGGGAAGACCUGUCUCUGGUGUCACCAAGAUCCGGAACAUGAUUUCCAGAUACCAGAAAGCGAAGGGCAAAAUGAAGACACCGAAGUUCCUGAUGAAGUCCUUAUUCACAUCCCUGGGAAGCAGCUCGAAGAACCCGACCUUGAAGGACUGCACCCCGAAAAAAUUCCACCCUUGCUCUACAGGUGGUUUAAUGAGGAUUCCCAAGGCAAGAACUCAAAUGAGGGCUUUAUAUCAGGCCUCUUCUGUGAGGAGCCUUCCUUCAACCGGGAGGACAUCAGCGAUGACGAAUUCGAAGAGCAUUUCAUCCAUCAUGUCACGAGGGAAGAAACCCCGACUCCAUUUAUCUCCACCUCUGCGUCUCCCCUGACACCCAUUCACCGAGCCAUAAACAGCGACAAGCCAGCAAGCGUGGUUGUUUUUGAUACGACCAAACUCCAAACUCCGGUUUUCUACGCGCACCCAAUUGCUAGACAUACGAACACAUUCACUCAGAAAUGGAAAGGCUAUGGCGAGUAUUUGAUAUGGGGAGAGGUGCCUAGCAAUGCCAUUGUGUUCAUGUGCCCUAUCUCCGAGGUCGAGCAACUAGCUGCCAAUCACAGCGACAUCAAUCGUCUUUUGCUACUCCGUUUCCUCCGCGAAGCACAGUUCUGCACCCGUGUCUUAUGGGACCGACUGGCCAGGAAGAAAAAACCAGCCUACAAGUCUGGAAGAACAUUUGGGAAAUUGCUUUUUCUUCUCGACUUCUCUCGCCUUUACUGGGAGCACGCGGCAGCUGGUUUCAUGCGAUACUGGGGAUGGACAAGAGAAGAGGAUAGAGUCAACUUUCUGAAGGGUAUGAAAAGCGAGUUGCCAUAUUCAAUAGAGUUAUCGGACUCCGAGUCAGAGGAAGCCCCUAUCCCCCACUUCCAGAGAUCACGCCGCUCGCCCCCGUGCUCAGAUAUGGACUUUGCGCCCCCGCUGAAUUUUAUGAAUUCCGACUCCUCCUCUGAGGCCGAAGAAAGUAUUGAGUCAGCCAAUGAGUCGGGAAUCAUGGAAGUCAGAAGUGAAACUGCGGAUGACGAGCACUUCUCCACCCACGAGAGCAUGUCGAGCUUUGGGUUUCUGGCGGGCUCGUCGAGAAGACAGCGACGUGAUGGCAUUCGGUCGGUGAGAAUGCUACAGCGUGGCGUUUCCUCGUCGGCUCUCCAAAAUGAAAUCUCGCCUGACGUCUCUGAUCAAGUGCCGAGUCAGCCGGUCGUUGAUAGAACUGGUGUGGGUGAUCUCAUGGUUUUUCAAGAGGGGGGCUGGAGUCCCCUUUAG